UAUAUUCAAUCGUUUCUCGGUCGCACGAUACUCGGUCUCGAGGAUGAUAAACCGGUAGACGGAUUCCUCAACCAAGCAUUCCUGUACGCACAAGUCAGCACAACCUUUGUGGUCGCCGGCGCGAUGGGGGCGUUUAGUUGUGGACUGGUCGCUGAGCUUCUUGGAAGACACGCAAGUUCAGUGUGGAUACCAUUUGCGCCGAAGUGAAGCUCGGUCGCACCGGGCAUAGGGACCUGCACCCGAAUCACAAUACUCGCCAAGGACAGAAUGCCAAAUUGAUACACUUGAAGAGCUUAGCGAACCGUGAAGAAUGUUACUACAAGUCUACUGGUUCAUCCCAGCCGCUCACAAGCCAGAUCUUUUAAUCGGAAUCCCGAAAGCAUCAGAUAAUCGCUUCGCACUGUCGCGGCUUGUCAUUUUCGCGCAUUCUCUUGAUCCCCUGCCGGGAUGAACCAGAAAAAGCUUACUUUUUGACACUAGAUCAUGGCGGUUCGUUACCCAAAGAACCCAAGACGCAACGGGCUGCUAUUCAACCACGGGUUUGCUAUCCUCGGUGGGGUCUUGUGUGCUCCGUGUGUAUACGCAAAUCAGGCGGCUCUGUUGUUUGUGGGUCGUUUCAUACUUGGCAUCAAUUGUGGCAUUACGAUUGGGAUUGCAUCCCUUUAUCUAGUCGAAGCCUCACCUCGUGACCUGCGUGGUGCAAUCGGUGCGUGCAAUCAGUUGGCUAUCACCAUUGGAAUUCUUAUGGCCUACGUAGUCACGCUGACACAUACGCUGAACACCAGCGACUUAUGGCCCAUCGCGUGUUGUUUGUGUGCCGUCCCCGCGGUCGUCUCUCUGGUGGCGCUGCCGUUUUGUCCGGAAAGUCCACGUUUCCUGUUUAUGAAGAAGAAUAAGGAAGCCGAGGCACGCAAAGCAUAUGCACUAUUCAACGGAGACGAAGGUGUGGACGAAUUUAUCGGAGAGUUACGGGAAGAAAUGGAGGUGGUCAAAAAUCAGCCCAAAUUCAAAUUCAUGCAAUUGUUCACCCAGAAGGACCUUCGCAUGCCGGUGAUGAUUGCUUGCUUGAUUCAAGUGCUUCAGCAACUGUCCGGCAUAAAUGCAGUCAUCAGUUACUCCUCGACGAUGCUUAAAACGGCUGGGAUUGCGGAUGAAUACAAUCAAUAUUGCGUAGUGGCAAUCGGUUUCAUAAAUGUCAUCUUGACUGUAAUCACCGUCCCGUUACUGGAGCGAGCAGGCCGUCGGACACUACUUCUGUGGCCAACGGUCGCCUUGGCUGCCUCCCUGCUACUGUUGACCAUCACGGUGAACCUCGCUACAUCGCUGUCCUCUGAAACAAUGCGAAGAACAAUGGGAAUACUCUCAGCGGUCCUCAUAAUCGUUUACAUUUGUGGAUUCGCAAUGGGUUUGGGACCGGUGCCUGCAUUGAUUGUAUCCGAGAUAUUCCGGCAAGCGCCGCGUGCGGCAGCGUACUCUCUCAGUCAAGGUCUACAGUGGUUGAGCAACCUGCUGGUAUUGUGCAGCUAUCCAAGUAUCAACGCUGCUAUUGGCGGCUACUCAUUUCUGCCAUUCCUUGUCGUCGUGGUAGUCUGCUGGGUGUUCUUCUUCCUAUUUAUGCCGGAGACUCGUAACCGGACGUUCGACGAAGUCGCUCGGGAUUUGGCCUUUGGGAAUGUUGUUGUCGGCAAGCGAACAGCCACUCUUGAAAAUAACCCAAUGGCCGAGAUGAACAAAACUGAGCAGGGCAAUGUGAACAACCCGAGGGUAAUCGAACCAAAACAAAACGAGAAGCAGCAAUACAGUCCAAUCGAUGAGCCAAACCAUGUGUAAUAUGUUGAGGUCAAAUCGGGUGGGAAGAGAGGAGAAGAGAAAACUGUAACCCCUUCAUUUAACCAGUGAUAUUGUUAUUUCUACCUUAGACAAAACGGGCCCGAAGUAUGCGACUUAUACCGAACCCAUUGACAAAAUAACAUUCAGAGUGCCAGCAAACUGAACUGGAUAAUUACACAAAGUCCGAAUUUUUUAUUUUCCACUACGUCUAAACCCCAUUCGCAGCAAGCCCGUUCGGCAGACGUAAAAGCCGGCUUAUUCACUGUAGGCUAUAGUGUUUGGAGCAUGCCACAUCCUAUCCGUGUCUAUGUGCCUUUGGGAGCUUGGACUGAGGAAUUACACUGUUCUCUCUACGACGAGUGGUUUCAAGCUGUACAUCUGGCUAUUCAUCUUCUCCAGUGUAUACUCCAUUCGUCACACUCACCAGUUGAUGUCUAUCCUUUUUUCACUUAACAUCUGAAACUAAUUUUUUAGCUACUGCACCAAAGGGAUAGUGUCAUUCAUGUUGCUCCUGGCAUUCCUUCCCGCUUAUUCCAUUCUUUUGGUUCGCCUUAUCUUCAGCUUUCCUGAUGGUUCAUCGAUGUUGAUUUUACACGCCAACCAUACCUUGCGUUCAAGGAUAAAAUUUAUUUGCACAAAUUCCGUGGCCCUUUAUCCACACGCUUACAUCGAGCACGCUUUUCAUCACCUAGCUGGUCUGUUGCUCUCCCGUACACGCAUGCAAAGGUGAGCAGGUCAACGUCUAGUGCUCCAAGAGCAGUAGACUGUUGACGCUGCUUUCAUGUCGAUAGAAACCUAUUAAAUAUAUUGAUGUAGUUCAGUUAU